AUGACUACGCAUCACUCUCCUUCAUACUCCUUACUCUCCUUUGCCUGUUUAGCCUUGCUCUCCUUUCACUCACGAUUAUCAUCCGUCGCCUCACUCUUCCCUUCCCCCAAAACCUCAGCUUCCACAUCUUUCUUCUUUCUAACUCCCUCUCUCUUUGUCAUAGUUUUCGUUCUCUUUCUUUAUUUUCAAUGUUUUCUCUCUUUUCAUUCGGAUUUCUUUUCUAUCUUCCUCUCUCCCUCUACUCAUUUACUUUCGUAUUUUAUUUUUCUCUUUUUGCCUACUAUAACUUUUCUCUCUUCUCUUUGCCUUUUCUCGCUCACUUUUAUUCUAUCUUUUCACUCAACUGAUUUCUUAUUCUAUUUCUCUCUUCUUGCUCCAAUAAUUUCCGAUUGCUUCUCACAUUCUAAAAUCUAUCGUUUAAAACUCUCUCUUUUUGUCUGUUGUACUGUACUCUUCCUCCUUCUCUCAGCAAAGUGUUUUCUUUCAUAA